GUUUUGAAGGCAUUUCUGCUAGAGUAACUUUCGUAUGCAGCGUGAAACGUGACCUAUUCAAUGGCUUUUUGUGAGUGUGUAUUGUAACAGUUUGAGCACAGGUGGUCUGUAGCAACACACAUUUUAUGGUCUCUUAUCGUGGGCUUCCUCGGCGCUUGCCAGUUUUGUUAGUACACCCAUUGAAGACGGUCUGUUUUGGGUUCUGUUUGGGCCGUGCGUGAUUGGUGAAUGGCCUAGUUUUUUCUUGGAAUUGAAAGUUUAGCUUUUGCUGGUUGGGUUUGUCUAAACAUUGACCGAAAAUACGCGGGCUAUCGAUCACAAUGAGUAAACGCCCCUUCACAGCUCAGCUGCCUCGAACACCUGAGUACGGUGACGAGAUUCUUAUCAGAGGCAAAUUAAAAAGUGACGCGAGGAAUUUCUCGGUAAACUUUUGCCUGCCCCGACCGGCGCAGGUUCCCGAUGGCCAGUCGCCACCCCACAUCGCGUACCACUUCCGGACGAUCUUCCACGACGACGGCAGCAGCGCCGUAAUUCACAACUGGAAAAACAGCGUCUGGCAGGCGGAAACCGUCGAGGAGAACUACUGGAUGGUGGACCGAAACGAAAAGUUUACCCUGAUCUUCCGCUUCCACGAAGAAGUGUUCAAAGUGUUCGCAGAGGACACGCAGCACACGCCGGACUACGAGUUUGGCCACCAGUUGCCGGUGGAGGCCAUCACGCUGAUCGAACUGUGGGACGAUAUCGAGUACGUGGAGGAGAUCGCGUUCAAAUACCGGAAUGCAGACCGCUGAGUGAUGGCGCCAUUUGCGGCUAAACAAUCAUCGUAAAAUUCCUCGCAACCACACUGUAACAGUAAAUUUAAGAAAGGAUAAA